GUGGAUGAACUAAGAGUGUUUUUGGUUUUAAAUAAAAAAAAAAAAAUUAUCUUAGAUAAAGUUUUAAUUUUGUGAAUUUAUAUAAACACGCAAGGAUACACGCUGUUUAAAUAUGAAAAAUAUUUUUGUGAUUUUAUGUUUUGUGUGCAUCACAUUAAAAAAUGCAUCAGCGUUAUCCAGUGAAGUUCAGAAAAAUGCUAAAGUGAGUGAAGGUGUUCGAACAAAUAAAGCUGAAGAUUUAGAAGGAGCAGAAACUGUUGGAAAAUUAUUCAAUUUGAAAGGAAUCUUUCCAUCCUAUGGAACCAACUACUAUCCUGAUAGAUACCCUUCCUCGGGAGGUGGCGGAUAUUACCCAUCAACUGGUGGAAAUUAUUAUCCCUCUUCCAGUGGAAGCUAUUAUCCCUCAUCUAAUGGUGGCUAUUAUCCAUCAUAUAACCCCUCAAAUGGAUACUAUCCCAGUUCAGCAAGCUACCCAACUUCUGGAUAUUACCCUAGCGGAAGUUCUGGCUACUAUCCCCCCUCCUCAACUGGAACCAAUAUUCUUGGACAUGGGUCCGGCGGCGGUGGCGGCAGUUAUCCCAGUUCAUCAUUCUAUCCCUCAUCAAAUCCAUGGUACAGAACAACCAGUGACUAUGGACUAACUGGGUCAGCCAGCUUUGGUGGCUACGGUGGCUAUGGAGGUAAUGGAGGUCUAAAUUCUUAUAAUGGGUACAAUAACCCCCGUUACGAUGGCAAACGAAACCUUGGUUAUGGCUACCAUUCUGAUACAGAUCGUUAUGGCUUUUAUAAAUCACCAUCAACAACGUCCCAGCAGCUUUCAGUGUAUCGAGGCUAUAACUAAUAUUUAUAAAAUAUAAUAUGGCUUUGGAAUACCUAUAUUUUUUUUAAAUUUAAUCAAAUAAUGUAUAAGCUUAGGUUAAGUGUUGGAAUGUUGUACCUAAUUUUUAUUUGAUGAUAUCACCACCUUUAAUGCCUUUAAUGCCUAUGAUUACUGUGAUUUUAUUAAACAGCUUCUAAUGGAGUCAAUUUGUGUGUCACUAGGCGCAUCCGUUGACAUGAUCGUCUAACUAAUUGCUAGAGCCUAAACUUAUGCUGUCUUCAAUUGUCUGUCACUUACAAAAUAAUUUAAAUUAUCUUUACAUGUUUUGUGUUUUUUGUUUUGUCUUUUUCAUUUUUGUUUUAAAGUUCAUUAAGUUUUCACAUGUUUUUGAAGCAACAAAAAAAAUUUAUAAACUCUUAAUUCUAUUUAUAUCU